AUGAUGAUGACUGUUUUGAUAACUGAGGAUCCUGGGAGGUCAAUCGAUGUUUACUUAAGGCCGCUGGUUGAUGAGCUGAAGGAUUUGUGGACAAACGGUGUUCGCACGUACGAUAAAUCAACUGGGAAGAUGUUCACUUUGCGGGCAGCAGUUAUGUGGACUGUGAAUGAUUUCCCAGCAUAUGCAAUGGUUUCUGGGUGGAGCACAAAAGGUUAUAUGGCAUGUCCUGUAUGCAAGGAAGAUGUAACUUCUGGUUGGCAUGCUGGAAAAGUUUGUUACCUUGGUCAUCGGAGAUGGUUGCCAUGGGACCAUGAGUGGAGGGAAAAAGAUAAAGAGUUCGACGGGAACACUGAGCGUCGCCUUAGACCCAGAGAAUGGUCCGGUGAUGAGAUAUUGGACCAGCUUAACCGGUUGGAUUUUGCUCCCUUCGGGAAAACAGUUAGUCGUAUCAGACCUUCUACACAUAUGAACUGGACGCACAAGCCUAUGUUUUUUGAGCUCCCAUAUUGGUCGAAACUAAAAUUGAGGCACAAUCUAGAUGUGAUGCAUGUUGAGAAAAAUGUAUUCGACACAUUGGUGGGCACGAUUCUAGAUAUCGAGGGGAAGACAAAGGACACGAUCAAAGCUCGUCUUGAUUUGGAAAGAAUGGGCAUACGAAGGGGUUUAUGGAUGAAUAGGGACAAUGAUAAAGCUAGAAGGGAUCUUGCAUUCUUUUCUAUGAAACCGAAUGACAAGAAAGAGUUUCUAAAGUUUGUAUCGUCUGUAAAGUUUUUCGAUGGGUAUGCUUCUAAUAUCGCACGUUGUGUGAAUGUUGACGGGGGUAAAUUUACUGGACUUAAAAGCCAUGACUGCCAUGUGUUUAUGCAACGCCUACUUCCUGUUGGUAUUCGACACCUAUUGCCGGAAGAUGUAGUGAAGCCAAUCAUUUUGUUGUCCAGAUUUUUUUCCCAACUGACGGCGAAAACUUUGCGAAAAACGGACAUGUUUCAGUUGCGCCAUGACAUUGUCCAAGUCCUAUGCAAGUUUGAGAUGAUAUUUCCUCCAGCUUUCUUCACAAGUAUGAUGCACGUGAUGGUUCACUUGCCAGAAGAGGCAUUACUUGCUGGUCCUGUCAACUAUCGCUGGAUGUAUCCAAUAGAAAGGCUUCUCGGAGAGCUGAAAAAAAGUGUACGCAACAGGGCGAAGCCCGAAGGAUCAAUCGUAGAGGCUUGGGUUCAAUAUGAGUCGCUUACUUUCUGCGGAAUGUAUUUAAAAGAUGUGGAGACGGUUUUCAAUCGUCCUCAGCGCAAUCAUGAUGGAGGUAUGAGAAAUGAAAAACUUUCUGUUUUUGCCCAAAGCGCACAACCCUUCGGAGAUCCUGGACGCGGAGAGUCGUUUUCUAGAAAUGACAUGGAGGUAGCGCAUUGGUUCGUACUGAACAAUUGUGAUGAGAUCAUGGGAUACUUAUAUGAGCAUGAAGAGAUGAUGAAGCGAGAACAUCCAUCACAUUUGGUUGCCCAGAAACACCGUGAAUUGUUUCCACAAUGGUUUUUGGAUUCUGUGAAUAAGUUGAAAUCAUCGAAUUCCCCAACUUACAGUGAUGAGUUAUAUAACUUGGCGUUCGGCCCGAUUCGCGCUGAAUUGUUCUCGGGUUGUAAUGUCAACGGUGUCAAAUUUUUGGCCGAAGCACGAGAUGACAAGUUGUGA